AUGCAACGUCGUUGGAGCGACAUUGAGGACAUAAAGGAAGACUAUCGUGAAUUCAGCAAAGGGAAGAAGAAUGUGAAUGAGGCCCAAACCCACGAGUCCCAAACCCAACAGCGCACGAGGCGAGGCAGAGAGAAAGAAGUUAGUGAGGGAGAGCCCAACCUGAAGUUCCUGCUCCAGGGAAAACCACCGGGUAGACUCUCUUCUCUAACACAACACGACGCUGUCUUAUGCCGCAAAAACCCAGAAGAAAACGCUGAACGCAGAGAGACUAUUAAGAUUGUUGGGCUAUCAGAUGUUGGGUUUGGUCUUGAAAGAUCGGAUUUUGACCGCAUACCCCUGGGUGCGAUGAGUGUCGUGCUAGAGCUUGUGCAUGAUCGGUUGUUUGGAUUCAAAGCAAAAAUGCUUCCUCAGCGCAUGAAGAAAGCCAUCACUGACAACCCUAAGAAGCUUGCCAACUUGAUUGACCUCGUAAACCUUCCAUCCACGCUCAGAGAAUUUGUGGGUCAGUCUCAGAUUUCCCGUUUGGGUUGUUUCAUGUGCGUUUGGUCCUACAUCAAAACCAAAAAUCUCCAGGAUCCAAACAACAAGAAUGUGAUCAACUGUGAUGAUAAGUUAAAAAGUAUUUUGUUGGGGAAACCUCAGGUUGAGUUAGCCGAACUUCCUGCACUUAUCAAGAUGCAUUUUCCAAAAGAGCCCAAAUGA